UACAUACAUUCAUAACAUCUCAUACAAAUAUUUUCCAACAACAUUAUCCUUCUUAUUUGCUUUUAUUUAACAAGGCAAUAUGAAAUCCAUAAAGGUUAUAAUUGUGUUAGCCCUUCUUAUGGCCAUCUUUGUCACUGUUUCAUAUGCAAAACACAAAAAUGACGAGAAGAAUCAAGGUAAAAAAGGACAUAAAACAGACAAAGUUAGUUCCUAUCAAGGAUCGAGUCCUUAUUUCAAAACAAAGAAACACUACUAUAAUAUUGAUCCAUAUAAAUCAUGGGGUCAUGGCCAUAAUGCACGACCCCGUUUGACAUGUGAUAAGUUCCCUAGGGUUUGCCAUGUUAAAGGAAGUCCUGGUCCUGAUUGUUGCUGGAAAAAGUGUGUUAAUGUUAAAAUCGAUAAUCUCAAUUGUGGAAUGUGUGGGCGAAGGUGUAGAUUUCCUGAAACUUGUUGUAAUGGAAGGUGUAUUAACACUUUGUAUGAUAGAAAAAAUUGUGGUGGUUGCAAGAACAAGUGCCAAAGGGGAAGCUUUUGCUACAAUGGCAUGUGUAGCUAUGCUUAGACAUAAGAGCAUAUAUGAGGAAUAUUGGGAUCAAUUAUAUACAAAGUGAGUGAAGAUGCAUAUAAUAUACUAAAUUAGUGCAUAUAAUUUUCUUAUAGGUCACAAAUUAAUUGAUUAAUUAAUUUGUAAAGUGCUUGAGAGUGUUUAAAGAAGAGCUAUGUUAUCCUAGCUUUGUUGGUGAAUGCUCUAGCAAAGCUUAUUCGUUCCAUUUGUAUUCAAUUUACAUGCAUGGUGACAAUAAGGAUUUAAUUUGUAUAUUUACUUUAAUAUAAUAUUAUAUAUAUGUAUA